AUCCUUUCUUUUAUCCCUUAAGAUUAGUACCAAACGUCCGUCAUAUUUGUAUUGGCAGAAACAGUGUCUUCUGGUUUCAUACUCGAUUACAAGUUUGACUAAAUUUUCAUUUCAUUCACCUACUGUUUUACUUUUCACAGGAGCUGCGCCUGGGUCUAGAGCGGUUACAACCAGCUUUGAUUUUGAGACGUUCGCUCAUGAUGAAAUCAGCUUUAAAAGGCUGGAUAAACUAAAAAUCCGUUAUGAUAGGACUAGUGAUAAUUCUGAAUGGUGUUAUGCUGAACAUUUGUCCACGGGGCAGAAAGGCUACGUUCCUCUUGCCUACAUUACUCAUGCAAAGCAUGAACUUCUCUCACAAGAUUGGUGGCAUGACGUGAACAGAUUUGCUGCAGAAGAGUUGCUCACACAGCUCGAUAGUCCAUCUAUUGGAUAUUACCUUAUAAGGCCUUCUGGCAAAAGAAAUGAAUAUUCGUUAUCGAUGACUGUUCCUGAAAACGAAGAAUUGCGAGUGGCACACUAUAUGAUCAAAUCGCAAAACGGUCAGUUCUUCAUAUCCAAUAAAAGCAGAUUUGAUGACAUAUUUGCACUUGUCGAUAACUAUACACGCGGUGCUGGUGAGCUUCCAUGUAAGUUAAUGUACACCGUUCCGAAACAGCCUCCUGUUGUUUAUCCAAGGACCAUUGAAGUUCAUAGACAAUCUGUUGAAUUAAAACAGUCAGUCAAAGUUGGCAAAUAUGGGAAGCUGUUUGUGGGAAAACUGUUCAAAGCCUUUGACGUUACAGUGGUCACUAAAUGUAAGAGUGAAGUGGACAAUUUUUUGGCAGAGGCAAAAAUUCCAUUUGAUUUUCGACAGAGCAAACAUUUUGUUAGAAUGAUAGCAGUGGUAAUAAAACCUGAACCAUUUAUGAUAAUACUUGGAGAGACUGUUCAUGAUACGUUACCAAAUUACUUGAGGAAUGACCGUGGAAAAACACUGUCAUUCAAGGAUCUUACAAAAAUGGCUUCCGAGAUUGCUUAUGGUAUGGCAUUUCUUGAAGAAAAAGGUAUCAUCCAUGGAAAUUUGAAAGCGGAAAACGUGUUUGUUUGUAAAUUUAGGAUGCUAAAAAUAGUGCAUCCAAAAUUGAUUGAGCUUAUGAAAACCAGUGAAAAUGAUGAGCAUGUAGAAGGUAAAUAUGAAUGGCAAUGGACAGCACCGGAAGUCAUUACAGACGAGAAUGCGUUAAGUCCAAAGUCUGACGUUUGGUCGUUUGGAGUUAUUCUGUAUGAAAUGAUUACUUUUGGGGAAAUACCGUAUGCAGGCUUUGAAAAAGACGAGGUUCUGUAUGGUUUAUUAAUGGACAAACGCAGACUACCAAUACCAAAAGAUGUUCCAGUGCAGUGUCCAAAAGAAUACCAUUUCACAAUGCUUCAAUGUUGGCACAAAAAUCCUGAUCGUCGACUAACCUUUGGGUUCCUUGGAGAUUUUCUAUAUGAUUUUCAAAAUGCUAUUGAGUCUGCAUACAUGGAUCAUGAACCAAGACUCAGUUGGUCAAGCGGCACUUGAAAGAAAAAACACAAGCAGACAAAGGAAGUUGAUGUACAGUUCAAAAUUCCUGAAUAUGAAAUCGAUCAAAGUAAGACAACUGACCGGAAACAACAGUCAUCUGGAGACAAUGUAAGAAAGACAACAUCUACCCCGAAAAUAACUGUGAAGGCAUUGUACAAUUAUCAAGCAGAAGAUGAUGAUGAGAUCUCUUUUGAUCCAGGCGAUAUAAUAACAGACAUAGAUCAAAUAGAUGAAGGUUGGUGGAUUGGGACAACAGCAAAUGGAGCACGCGGGAUUUUCCCGGCAAAUUUUGUGGAAGUUUGUGAAAACACUUAAGCUGAAGUAACAGAUGUUUAGGAAGGAAACGAGAGUGUUUUUAAAAGAAAAUAAAAAUAUAAUACUUAUAAGUUAUAACUGACUACCCUGAAACGGAUUAUAGUUUACAGCAAUAUUCUUCAGGACUGUUUAAGGCGUAACAACGAACUCCAAUUACCUAUAUGACCAUAGUGUAGCAGGGUCAUUUAUUUCUUAUUUAUGUUUAAGAUUAAAACCAUAAAGAAAUGAUAUAAAAAUAUUAUGAUUUAAUAAGACAGACAGAUGUGUUAAGAAACAAGCCCCGGCUCCAUUCAAUAAAAAUGUGAGCUUUUUAAAAAAUAACUUUUUCAUGGGUUAUUUUUGAAAACAAUAAGUUAAUGAAUAUGUUGUGAGCUGCAAAGUUACGCACAAUAAUACUAUUUAUAAACUUUGGAAAUCUAAGUGUUGCAUAUAUAGAAUGCAAGCAAUGUGGUAUAAACUAUUUUAUGAUGUUCAACUUUUAUUAAACUGUUUAAGAACAGUUUUAUUUGCUUGUCAAUUAAUUGUCUUGUAAAUAAUGCACUUCUUGAUUAUUCAUUAAAAGAAUAAGAGU